AUGAAGAUAACCGCCGUUGUCGGCCUCGGCCUCGUCGCCGUCGCUGCAGCGAGCAGCUACCACUCCGACUCUCACGACCAUUAUGUCCUGCAUCUCGACCCCCAGGCCAGCCCCGACGAGGUCGCAUCAAGAUUAGGCCUCGCAUAUGAUGGCCAGUUCGGCCAGCUCAAGGACCAUUAUGUGUUCAAGGGGACCAAGGCUGAGGACGACGUUGUCAGCCUGGAACUGAAGGCGAGGAGACGGCGCAAGAGGACUUUGAAUGAUCGGGAUCCCCUUGACGGCGUGCUGUUCUCCGAGAAACAAAAGUUGCGCGCUCCUUGGGAAAAGAGAAUAAUACCAAAGCCCUUGGGGCCUGUGUUGGAGGAGCGCGCAAGCGGCGACACAAGCGACCCUGUCUUGUUGGCCGCUCAGCAAUCCGUCGCCACCACACUUGGCAUUAGCGACCCAAUAUUCAGCGAGCAGUGGCAUCUAAUGAACAUUGUCCAGGCAGGCCACGACGUCAACGUCUCGGGCGUUUGGCUACAGGGAAUCACGGGCAAGAACGCCACCGUGGCAAUCGUGGAUGACGGUCUCGACAUGCACAGUAACGACUUGAAGGCCAACUUCUACGCCCAGGGUUCCUACGACUUCAACGACAAGACGGACCUACCUGAGCCCCGCCUGUCUGACGACAAGCAUGGGACUCGCUGUGGUGGAGAAGUGUCCGCAGUCAAGAAUGAUGUCUGUGGUGUCGGCGCCGCGUACGAUUCUCGCAUUGCUGGGUUGCGUAUCCUCUCCAAGAUGAUUACGGACGCUGAUGAAGCAAUUGCGAUGAACUACGACUUUGCACACAACGACAUAUAUUCCUGCUCCUGGGGCCCUCCUGACGAUGGGCGGUCCAUGGACGCCCCUGGCAUUCUGAUUCGGCGCGCUAUGCUCAACGCCGUUCAGGAAGGUCGGAAUGGGCUUGGGAACAUCUACGUCUUCGCAAGUGGCAACGGAGCGGCCAGCGACGACAACUGCAACUUCGACGGGUACACCAACAGCAUUUACAGCAUAACGGUCGGUGCCAUUGAUCGCAAGGGACAGCAUCCCUACUACUCUGAAGCCUGCUCUGCCAACCUGGUAGUGACAUACUCUAGCGGCAGCGGUGACAGCAUUCAUACAACUGACGUCGGCGAGAACUCUUGCACUGCUGCUCAUGGUGGCACAUCCGCUGCUGCACCUUUGGCCGCUGGGCUUUUCGCACUCGUGCUCGAGAUUCGCCCGGACAUAUCGUGGAGAGAUAUGCAGUAUCUCGCCAUGAACACUGCCGUUCCCAUCAACGAAGAUGACGGAAGCUGGGAGACAACUGCCAUUGGCAAGAAGUUCAGCCACACCUUCGGCUACGGCAAGAUUGAUGCCUACGGUCUCGUAGAGCUAGCCAAGACCUGGAAGAAUGUCAAGCCGCAGGCGUGGUUUUACUCUCCCUGGGUGCACGUCAAGGAAGCAAUUCCCCAAGGCGACCAAGGCUUGGCCGUCGAUAUCGAGGUGACAGCCGACAUGCUCAAGAAGGCCAAUCUGGAGCGUGUUGAGCACGUAACGGUCACGAUGAACAUCGACCACACGCGCCGAGGUGACCUGUCUGUUGACCUGGUCAGCCCCAACAAGAUUGUCAGCCAUCUCUCGGUGCCCCGCCGGUUGGAUAACGAAGCUGCGGGCUACGAAGACUGGACUUUCAUGAGUGUUGUUCACUGGGGUGAAUCUGGUCUCGGCAAAUGGACAGUCAUUGUAAAGGAUACCAAGGUAAAUGAGCAUAACGGCACUUGGACCGACUUCCACCUCAAGAUCUGGGGCGAGUCCAUCGACCCCAAGCUUGCCAAGCCACUCCCCAUGCCCACGGAGGAAGAUGACGAUGAUCACGACGUAAUUUCCACCACCACCGUUCCUCCAACGACUGUCACACCUCCCCCCGGACAAACCGCCCCAGGCGAUGUCGCUACUACCACACCUUCAGACCACCCUGACCGGCCCGUCAAUGCCAAGCCUACCGCUGCCGAGUCGGACACAAGCAAUGGCUCAGCCUCCCCUUCUGCUUCUCCUUCUGCGUCUGCGGAGGCCUCAUCCUGGCUUCCGGGAUUCCUGCCUACCUUCGGCGUGUCUCCUGCCACCCAAGCCUGGAUCUACGGCUCGCUGGCACUCAUUCUCGCCUUCUGCUGUGGCCUAGGUAUCUACCUCUGGAUGGCCCGCCGCAAGCGUAUGCGCAACUCCCCACGCGAUGACUACGAGUUCGAGCUCCUCGACGAAGAGGAGGCUGAAGGACUCGCGUCCGGUGAAAAGAGCGCCCGGGGCGCAAAGGGGCGCAAGACCCGCGGCGGCGAGCUAUACGAUGCUUUUGCGGGUGGCAGCGAUGAGGAAGAUGACGAGUUCGGUGGAGAGGGUGUGUACCGAGAUCAGGAAAAUAGCCCCAGUGAGCGCAGCAGUGACGCUGCUGGUCGGGAAAAGCGGGCCCUGCGGGACGAUGAGGAGGAGCAACAUGUGUUGGGGAGCGACAGCGAGGACGACGAAGCUGACGAGAGAGAGAGGCUGCAAGGCGGGAGGCGUCCGUGA